AUGAAUUUGGAAAUAAUCCUGAACACAUUAGAAUCUUCCGGGCAGUCCGGAAGAGCAAUAACCACAGAAGAAAGCAUAGUUUUGUACAAUUCUCUGUUGAUUCUUCAAAAUGAGAACCAUUUUCGCAAAAUUUAUUUCUGGGGCAAAAUUUUUGGAUCCGAUAAAGAUUAUUUUGUGGCUUAUGGUUAUGUCAAUGAUGCCUUGUUGGGAAGGAUAUAUUACUAUAGCAGGGAUUGUAUCAAUUGGGGGUUGCUUCCUUUACCAAAAGACGAGGCCAAGUUGUUAACUCCAUUGUGUACGACAAUGUUUCAAGGUGAUCCAGCUUUGGUGAUUGAUAUUCUAAUAGAAAAAGGUGAAAUUGCUUUGGGAAAAGUGGUAAAAGAGCAUAAAGUACGUAAAUUAAAGGAGGAAGAUCGUUUAUCUGCUACCAUAUACUAUUUGAAUCAAGAAGCAGUUUUGGUACCUCGAGGUGCAUUAUUUAAAAGACCUGAUGGGGUAACAAUCGAAAACAGAACUUUUGAAGGUUUAUCAGAGUUGGAAUCCAGAGAAAUAAAAACCUUCUUGCACUACAGAAAUCCAACUCAAAAAUGGAAUACCAACCUUCUAACAAGGGAUGAUUAUAAUUAUGCUUUGGAUUUUUUGGAUCCAGCUGAUAUGGAUAUUCCUGAGGGAUGCUUUAUGCACCAUUUGGUCGCCGGGAAUACCAUAGUACUUAUUAAACCAAUGUAUUGGCCUGGAAUGAUUUUUUUUCAUUAUAUUCAGACCAAUAGGUAUGGGUUUGUAUAUUUUGGAAAUGGAAAGAAGUGCUUGGAUGUACCCUUUUUAUUAUUACCAAAUUUAUAA